AUGGGCAAUUCCCUAUUAUAAGCUUUCAGAAAUCUAAAAAUGAGAUCACAGAUUAUUUCUCUUGAUAUUAUUAUUCUCCUUAUAGUCUUGAGUAUAGCUGGAACCGCCAUCUAUAUUGAAAUCAAGAUAUUCUAUUAUAUUUCUGAAAGAUCUCUAUAAAACACCCUAGUAAAUUAGGACAUUAAACAAAUAUCUCUAACUACCCACCUGAUGAAGCAUUACAUUAAAGAAAAGCAUCAAAUUAGUAUUAAAAUUAUUUAUUUAAUAACUAGGCAUCUUAUUAGUUGAUCAUAUUUCUUCUUUCUUGUAUCAUUAAACCAAAAUCUAAGACUAAGUCAAAUUUGCAAACUCAAUUGACCUUUGUCUUUUAAAUGAUGAUAACAUAAAGAAUAUCUACUUAAAACAUACUUAAAAAAUGUGUUAUUCAAUAUAUGGAAAAAUAGAAUUAGAAGAGGCCAUGUAAAAGAGUACUUAAAUACUAUCUCUUUAUAAUGGUCUUAAGUUAUUAGAAAAUUUUGGUUUAGAAUUGAAUAAAUUUUAUCCAGAUUUUUUAUAAUUCGUAGAUGUCACAAAUAUAAGUUUUAAUAGUUUUUAUCCGUUUGGAUUGCAUGUUCCAAAUUAUGAUCUUCAAAAUAGACCCUGGUAAUUUUUUAUUUUAAUUUAGGUAUAUUGACCAUAUUAGAAAGGCUAAAGAGAAUCCAAACCAAUUCUAUUUCUUUACUGAUGUUUACAAAAUGAUAGUUGGAGAUUAUAAUUAUUAUUUCUCAAUUACUUAAUCUUUAUUUGAUGAAAAUAAAAAUAUCUCUGGUAUUGUAAAGGUUAUGUUAACUGUUGAUGACAUGAACCUUGAUCAUGUUAAAUCAAAUAUAUUGUUAAUAAAUAAAUAUGGAUAGGUUAUUUACAAUUAAAUGGAAAUAUUAUAGAUUAAUAACAGUUAAGUAUUUUACAUUAAUAAUGAAACUAUCACUGGUUUCAAUGAUUCUGAUUGGAAAAUAAUAGAAGAUAAUGCUUUAUCUAAUUCAAAAAAAUCAUUAUCUUAACAUGAUGAUUUUUCUAAUUGUAUUAUUUUAUAUAACAAAUAUUUUAAAUCCUAUGUACAAUUGAGAAGUGAAAAAUUCACUAAAGAAAACUUUACAUUAAUAACGUAAUAUCAUUUUUUUUUACUUUUUAGAUACACUAAUAUAACAUCAAAGAAAAUUUUAGAAUAAUAAUUUAAAGAAGCAUUUAUAGAAUCUGAAAUUUGGAUUUUAAGUGCAGUUUUCUAGAUAGUUCUUUUGGGAGCUUUAUCAUUUAGUAUUAGUAUAUGUUUUAUUAAUAUAAUCUGUCGACCAUUAAUAGAAAUCAAUCGUUCAAUAUCAAAUCAUGUAUUAUCUGUUGGAAAUAAUAUAAACUAAAUGAUAUUCAAGAUUCUGUAAUAAUAAAAAAAAAGAUCUUCUAAUAUAUUCAGUAAUUUAAAUGAUUAGAUUUGGAGUUUAUAUGAAACACUAUAAAUAAAAUAACAAAAGAAAUGUGAAUAAUGUAUGUUAAUUGAAAAAAUGUUUUAUCAUAGAAGAGAUAAUAAUUUACAUAUCAAUCCAAUAAAAAUAGCUAUAAAGAAUAUUCCAGAAAAUAUAGAUUAAGAUUAUGAAGAAUUUUAUUAAUUACUAUAAUAAAUGAUAUAAUAAUUCAAAGUGUAAGAAAUAUGA